AGUAAAGGAAUUUGGAAUUAGUCCUUCAGACAUUCCCUUCUCACAGGGUAGUGGCAGUCGCUCUGAUCUCUCUCCUUCCUAUGAGUAUGAUGACUUUUCUCCUUCAGUCACCAGGGUGAAGGAGCUGAUGGUUGAUCCUAGUGCUGCAGGAGAUAUCCAUCCCAUUAUACACCAUGCUCCCAAUCAGAUCGAUGACUUAGAGACACAGUGGAGUGUGGGGAGCUCUCCUCAGAGAGAUGAUCUCAAACUGCUUUGUGAACAAAAUGAAGAGGAAGUUUCUCCACAGUUGUUUACUUUCCAUGAAGCUGUUUCACAAAUGGUGGAAAUGGAAGAGCAAGUAGUAGAAGACCACAGGGCUGUCUUCCAGGAAUCAAUUAGAUGGCUGGAAGAUGAAAAAGCUCUUCUUGAGAUUACAGAAGAAGUAGACUAUGAUGUGGAUUCUUACGCUACCCAACUUGAAGCAAUUCUAGAGCAAAAAAUUGGUAUUCUGACCGAACUUAGAG